AUCAGCUGAAUGUACGUGUUGUGAUUCAAUGGGAACGGGUCAAGGGAGUGUAAAAACAGCUUUAACCAGUAUUAAAUCAACUGGUUCAGUCAGAUCACGGUCAUCUCUCAAAUCAUCAUCAUAUUGUGCUUCCAACUUUGAUGUUGUUGACCAAACUAUGUCAGCAGGUUUACAUCAUCAACAUUCAUAUGUGCAACGGAAUCACGAACCUAUUGGUAAAUCAAUUAAAUCAAAUACAUCCUCAACUCGAUCCCAUCGGACAGUUUCAUUUGCAACUGUUAAUGAACGAUUUCUCAAAGUACUUAAAAGAUCAGUUAAAAAUCCAUCCGGAUCUGUAGUAUCGAGAAGAUCAAUUCUUGAAUGUGAUUUAACAGCUUAUGAUUUGAUUGAGCAAAGUUUACAUGAGACUUGUAUUGAAGAUGAAGAUAUUGUUGUUGAUGAAGAGAAAGAAAACUAUCAUUACAAUGAUUCCAUGGAAUGUUUAAGUGAUGAAGAAGAAAGUGAGGACAUCAUGGAUAGACAUAGAUUGAAUCAAGUUAUUCACGAUGUUUCAGGUUCAAAGAAAUACCAACGUCGUUCUCGUCACUGUUCACCUUCUCUGUCAUCAUCAACAAAAGGACUUCAUUCCAUUCCAAAUAGCAGUCGAAAUAUGUUACCACGGCUAGGUGAAUCGUCCCUUAGAUAUAAACCUAGAGUCAAAGCGAUCUCAAGUGUUGAUCUUUCUCAAAAGUCCAUAAUAACUGAUGGUAAAGCUAGUUUGAAAAAAGGGUUACGGAUUGGAGGACAAGGAAUGUCUCUUUUUCCUUCGGCAGUGGAAACUAAAGCUUCAUCAACCUCAGGCGUUGUUAAAUCACGAAGCUCUGAAUCAAUUUUGUCUGCAUCAGAUAAAUCAAGUUCAAUUACCAGUUCUAAUCUCACCGAUCGACCAGCCUCAUGUCUCUUAUUACCGCUUCCUGAACCUGAUUAUGACAGUGAAACUGGAAGUGACAAUGAUGCCAAGCACAGAGGUCAGAAAAUUAUAUCUAAUGGAUCAAUUUCACGUUCUUGUCCAAGAAUUUUGAGUCAAGCUCAAUCCUUUACUCAAUUGAAUGAAAGUGAACCAACAACCAAAAGUGACUUUACCAGUUCAAGAGCCAAUUUUAUAGAGACUCGGUCCCUUGAUCGCCGAGGUAAACGUAGGACACAAUUAAAGCAAUCAAUGUCAUCAAGUUCACUCUCUGGAAAUGCAAAUGGUUUCCAAGAAGAUGUCACAAUGGAUGAUCACAACUCCCUUAGGCAAUUAGGUUCAAAAUUUGAUGGUUCUUCAACUAUUUCAAUCCCAAGUGAUGUUAAUUACAUGGCCAAGGUUAAAUCAAUUUUGAAGAAAUCAGUUACUUGGAACGAGUCAGUGACUAAGACUCAUUCAUUAUCAAGUGAUUCUAAUUGUGAUACUACCUAUGGAUCUACCAACAGUGAUAGUGAUUUUUCAAGUUAUCGUAAGUGUUCAUCUUCAGUUUUAGCUAAUAGUAUUAGUACUCUUCCAAGAGUAAGAGGUCGUUGGUCAUCAUCAUCAAGUGAAAGGUCAACAAUAAGUGCCAAUGGCGUGAAAGGACCAAAAAUAAAGAAACAUGUUCACUUUGGAUGCUCCAAGGAUGAUGAUAGCUUAAUUAUUGAGCAUAUAGGUGAAACCAUUUUUGAGGAAGAUGAAGAACCAAUUUACGAUGAUAUUGCAAAUGUCAUUUCAAACGACCUUUCACCUGGCCUUCAUCAGCAAAACAGUCAAUCUCAACCUCAGUGUCAACCAGCAACAGCUCCAUUCUCUCGGUUACCUCAACCUCCGCCCCCACCUCCUCCACCACCGCCGCCUCACUCAUCGUCUAGUUCAUUGACUCCAACUUCACAGACACCAUUAUUAUCCUCUUCAUCAGCUGUCCAUUCGAAAAGUCUAAACGGAAAUUAUAAAAGAUCGUUUGAAUCAGAUGUUGAUAAUAACGGCAAUGAUGAGGUUAAUGGAAGCAACGGCAGUGGUAAAGGCGGAAAUAAAUUACAGGAUGACCGAGUCAAUGAGCUAACCAAUGGAUUCUCAUCAGCAGCUAAAACAACAAGCUCAGGAACUGAUGAGGAAAAUAAAGGAGUUUCAACACGACGUGUCUACGGAGUUUUAGACACAGGCGACUCAGUGAAUAGUCCAAGGUCAACUAGUAGUUACCUUAAAUUGGCUCCUAAAUCAUCGGAUCAAAUGGGUAGUGAUAGUUUAACAAAUAGCAAAAAAACUGGCGGAUCAAAGGAAAUUAAGGAACAACCGGCUUCACCAUCAUUACCAUCAAUAUCAUCCAAUCAACCAUAUAAAAUUUCUCGAUCAGGAAUAAUCAAUGGAUUAAGGAGAGAAGUUGAAUCAUCUGAUGAAGGUGAGCUGGUUAACAGUGGUGGUAGUAUCCAGCGUGGUUCCAAUAAUAUCCAGUCCAAUGGUAAUCUUAAGCAUAAUGAUAAUGUUAACACAAAUGAACAUAAUGGUGAUAAUAAUAAUGUUGAUGGUGAUUGCUUUCAUCAUCCAGAAAGAGUAAAUAGAUUGAAGAAUAGCACUUUAAAUUGUAACAUUGAAGGUCCACUUUCUCCUGAGUUUACAUCAUCUUUAACCAAUCACCAUCAAAACCAGCAACAACAGCAACAUUUAAAUAAAUACAAUGGUAACCAAGAUGAACGUAAUGCAUCAAUUUUAUCGGAAUUGAGAGCUGGAAUAAAAGAAAAGCUAGAAAAUAAGUUAAUUAAAGACAUUAUAAUCUCAAAUGAACUGAAAGCAUUAGCCGAGAAGUCGUCAUCUGUUACAUCAUGUGACUCAAACCGUUACAAUGGCUGGUCAACUCUUAACCAAAGAAGCAAAUCAACAACUUUUAACGAUCAUUCCAAUGUCCAUAGGAUCAAUCAAGACUCUAUUAAAAACAAUCUAAACGGGGUUAAUGACAACCAUAGAGAUGUAAAUAAUUGUAGAAACAAUCAAGACAAUUAUGGUGAAAAUGACGAUGAUGGUGAUAUUAGCGAUGAAAGAAAUCUUGGAAAGGCUGAUUAUGGCUUUACCAUUUCAAUUGUCAAUAAUGUUAAUUCAGCUCGUAAUCGUAACCCAGAUUACGGUAUUACUUCACCUUAUUCAUCCAAUACUUCAUCAUCAUCAUAUUAUGAUACCCAUUUACCAUCAGAAGAAUCAAGUAAAAUUGUGAUCAAUGUGCCAUUAGGAGGAGGUGUUGGUGGUAACAAUUUUUACGAUAAUGAGCCCAAUGAACAUAUUUACGAGGAACUGGAUAAAGUGUCCAUUUAUGGAGCUAAUAAAGCUAAUUUGGAGAUUAAUGGGUUGACAAUCAAUGAAUCAAACCUUGGUUAUAUUAACCACCAUUCAAUGUCCAAAAGAUCCAUUUUUGAAGGAGCAUCAAGAGACGAGAUAUUAGAGUAUCUGGCAGGUGCAAAGGAAAGAGUCGAAGUAUUAAUAGAUGAAACAAGUCCAACAUCUUUAAAUCAUCAUUCCCAUCAUGGGUUAGUUACUCGGCCUAAUUUGGCGUCAACUAGGCGUAAUCGAACCUCUAAUGUCAGUAAUGUUAGUAGCUCAUCAAAUGAUUCAAGUACCACAGCAACUAGCUCAUCCAUUGAAACGGAAGACUGUUCAUUAACCAAUAGUACAACCGGAACUCCGGUUGAACGUAACGAUUCGGGUGUCGGUGUGGAAACAAGUAAACCAACUAAGAUCCGUCGAUCAAACAACUUGUUAUCCUCACCAGGAGAAAGUGAACGAUUAUGUGCCGACUGUGAACAACUGAUUGAACCCAAAGAGACCAAUGAAAACCGAGACAAUAACAUUGAACCAAAUCAACUCGAGGACAAUAAUGACAUUAUUUAUUAUACUCUUGUCUGUAAUAAAUGUGAAAAAAAGAGAAGCGAACGAAAAGAGAUAAUUUCUGAAUUUGUAGAUACAGAAUUCAAGUAUGGACGUGAUUUACGGAUCAUAAGGGAAGAAUUUCAUCGUCCAAUGGAGGUUGCAGGACUUCUGACCAAGGAACAAAUCAAGGGAGUCUUCAUUAAUCUAGAGGAACUGAUCAAUGUGAACUCAAAAUUCUCGGAGAAACUGCAGGACGCUAUUGACAUUGCUUCUGAACAAGGAGAUGAGGAUUUCACCACGGUCAAUAUUGGAAAGCUUUUCAUGGAAUCAGCUAGUAUGCUUCAUUCCUUUGAGACUUACUGCCUUCGCCAAGGGUCAGCUUCCGUUUUGCUGAACCAGCUGGAGAAAGAAAAAGAGCUUCUCAGAAUAUUUCUAAGAGUAUCGCAGAUGGAGAACACUUUACUCAGGAGGAUGAAUCUAUCAGCCUUUCUAAUGGUGCCUGUACAAAGAGUCACUAAGUAUCCAUUGUUGUUGAAUCGAUUGUACAAAGUAACCCCACACCAUCAUCAAGACAGGGAUGCUUUAAAAUUGGCUCAGCAAAAGGUUGAAAUUCAUUUGGAACACAUAAACCAACAAACGAAAGGUUCCACUGCACCAACUAAAAUCUGGAGAAAGUUUUCUCAUCUUUCAAAUAGACGAUUACCCAGUAUAGAUGACAUUGGUGAUAUUAAAUUGAGAAAGGUUGCUCUGGAAGCUAUGAAUUGGACUCGAGAUCAAGCUAAUUUUAUCAUGUCUGGUCGUCUUUCAUUUUUGCCAUCCUCAGAAUAUCAAUUGUAUAAAAAGCGAGGAAACAUAAAAUUUUCCUCUGCUAGUUGCCUUUUAAUGAGCCUUGGGGAAAUGUUACCCUCAAUUAAAAGUAAUUUAGCGGACGAUGACGAAGAAUUCGAAAGAGAACUCAUGUUUCCUCGAUCAAACCAUGGAUGUGAACAAGCAGUUUUAAUUUUAAUCAAAGAGAAACACAGUAGAUACACACUUUGCAGAGAGCCAUUCAACCUUGCAUCCUGUGUUAUUUCAUCUGACAGUGAAUUCGAAGACUUAUUUGAAAUUCAUGAACAAAAUACUAAAGAGUCAUUCAUUUUGAAGGCUGAUUCACCAACAGAAAAGCGUGAUUGGUAUAGACAAAUCUGCUACCACUCAAAAAAUUUAGGAAAUUGGCGAAAGCGUCGGAAUGCUUUGGCAAACAUCAUGAUGGUGCGCCCAUGAGGAACAGAAGAAAUGUUGCAAUGGGUCAACCUGUUUAUUGUGAAUUUUGUGCAUUCUAAUCGAACCUGAUCUGAAUUGUUUAAUUUUCUUGCAAAUCGCCAAACGACCCAUUUUUAACAAAUGAUCAAAUAAUCUAGUCGCUCUGAAAUUAUUUAAAAUAAUCAUAUUAUAAUAACAUUGUAAAGAUUGGUUAUUGAUAAGUAUAAAAUGUAUCUUUUAACGCAAA